GAGGAACCGGUGCGCCACCAACCAAAGUCCAAAAACCAAGCCGGGCUCUGUUUGGACCUUUGCUUUUCCCGAGUAGGAGCAACGUUCGGUUGGGGGUGGGUCUGCGUGCGUCCCGUGGCACCGGCGCUCGGGUUGCUCGAGCCUCCAGUGAUUUCAAAUUUGAAUCACCGGUCCGGUCGCCUCACGGAAAGCCGGUGCCCUCUCUGGCUCUCUCGCUCUCUCGUAUCCGCAGUCGCGCCUCCAUUUAUUAAUCCCGUUUUCCACGAGAGAGUGGAGUGGCGGUGGACUCUUUUUCCCUUGCGCCGCUGUGCCGCUAGCUACUACCGGCUGGCUUUUCCACUCGCUGCUAGGCGCCCCGGCCCUCUCGUUCGUGCUCUUCUAAUCCUAGGACGACCGACGCGCGCUGCAGACGCUCCCGCUGCCAGCGGAGGCCGGACGGACACUGCAGGAAGCGCCGCCGGGCAUGCCGAGAUCCAGGGGGUCCGAGCUGCCGCAAAGAGGGGCGUCGCCGCGCGCGCCGCUGCACCUCAAGACGACGGCCCUCUCGGAGGCGAAUGGCGCGCACCACCGCCCCGUCGUCGACCGGAGCAGCCCCAAGAUGGCGGACCGACCCUCGCCGCGCAGCCCGCUGCACGAGAAGAAGCGCGUGGGGCCGCGGGUGGCGGAGCUGGAGACGAAGCUGGGGAAGGUGCAGGACGAGCUGAAGAAGCUGCGGGAGCAGCUCGCGUCCGCCGAGGCUGCCAAGAAGGACGCGCAGGUCGCGCUCGAGGAGGCCAAGAAGCACGUCGGCAGCGCCAAAGGGAGCCCCGCGGCGUCUCCUUCCUGUCCCACCACUCCUGCGGCGGUCGAGGGCGAGAAGAAGACCGAGCAGCUGAAGGUGGUUGAACCGGCGACGGAUGAUGAUGAGGAGGAGAGCGGCAUCAACUCCCCUGCGACCGACGUGUUUGAGGUCGUCCGGACCGAGUCGGGCGACAAGGAGAACCAGAGCAGCGUGGUCGUCGCCGAGGACGGCGAAGAGGUGAGCUGUGGAGACAAGGCGGCGGCAAUGAUUGCCGAGAAGGAGGAAGUGGAGGUGGAGGAGACCAAGACGAUGAUUGAGGAGGAAGAUAGCAAUGCCUCUGCUGCGGCCAUUGUCGUCGAAAAGGAGAACCCGGAGGUUGUAGAGCUGAAGGCCCAGCUGAUGGCCAAGGACAUGGAAGUCGCCGCCCUCACAGCCGACAAUGCGGAGCUGAGGAAGCAGGCCGCGGAGACGGCGAAGAGGGCCGAGGAGGAGGCCGAGGCGAGAGCUUUCCUCAUCGAGCAGGACCUAAAGGAGCACGCGGCGCGAGAGGGCCGGCUGGGCGAGCAGCUGAGGGCGUCCGAGGCCGCGCGCGAGGCGCUGGAAGCCGAGAUGCGGCGCCUCCGGGUGCAGACCGAGCAGUGGCGCAAAGCGGCCGAGGCGGCCGCCGCCGUGAUCGGCGGAGAUGCCCAUCUCGUCGGCCACCACGGCAACGGAAACGGGUGGGGCUCCCCCGCGACGAUGCCCGACGAUGGCGACGACGAGGGGUUCGGCAGCAGGCGGAAGGGCGCUGGCAUCCGCAUGCUCGGCGACCUGUGGAAGAAGAAGGGUAACAAGUGAAGGUGGUAAUGUGUGGCAUAGUCUCUUCGCGAUGGGAGCGAGCUAGCACGGCUCGCUAGCUCCAGCUCCGUGCCCCUCCAUCAGUUGCUCCAUUGUUUACUGCAUUUUGGUUCGGAUUUAACUUAUGUUUAUGCUUGUAUGAUGGUGAGAUGAUGUUCGUGAGAUUAAAGUCUAUGGCGCCGGAUGGUCGAUGCUGCAUUGCUGCUGCUGCCCAAUGUAGAAGGAGCAACCCAAAACUCCAGUUCUGGUGUUUUUCUUGUAUGCUGUUGAUGCUAGAAUGCUUAAUGUUCUAGGGAGCCUUUUUGGAAUAAUUUUUUGGUCAUGAGCUUUAUGCAAGGAAGAUGAACUUAUCGCUGUUC